AUGGCUUCGGUCGCUUCCAAUCCCGCUUCCGCGGAUGCUCAAUCGUUCCCGCAACACCUCAACACCAGAUCGCAGACCAAGAAGAGGUCAAAGAGGAAGCAUGAAAGUCUCUCGAGCUCGCUGUGCGCUACUCUCGUUGAGCACCAACUAGGCCUGUCCAUCAACGUACUCAUGCUUCUCGUCUUGACACACGUCUGCUUCCCUAGCCUCCGCUCUUCGACAAUUCAAUACUUCACCCUGUCUUACUAUGACGCUCAAACCGGCCUCUACAACCCAGGAUGGCAGGACUUGAAGUUCGUCUCGCUGUGCAUCAUAGUCUUUACCGGCCUUCGCGCUGCCGCCAUGGACUAUGCUCUUGUCCCAAUGGCCAGAAGAUGCGGGAUUCACAAGAAGAAGGCCACCAUUCGCUUCGCCGAGCAAGCAUGGCUGGUCCUGUACUAUGCCGCAUUCUGGUUUCUCGGCACAUAUCUCGUUUACGAAUCUCCAUACUUCAACAACCUGCCCGCAAUGUGGUCCGCCUUCCCCACACGCUCCAUGACCGGCCUCUUCAAACUCUAUUAUCUGGCUCAAUUCGGUUUCUGGUUGCAGCAAAUCAUGGUUAUCAACAUUGAGGAGCGCAGAAAGGACCAUUGGCAAAUGUUCACUCACCACAUCAUUACAUGCCUGCUCUUGAUCGGCAGCUACGGCUACUACCAGACAAAGGUCGGCAAUGUCAUCUUGUGCCUGAUGGACGUAGUCGAUUUGGUCUUCCCUAUUGCGAAGUUGCUCAAGUACAUGGGCAUGCAGACCGCGUGCGACAUUGCUUUUGGCGUUUUCAUGCUUUCGUGGUUCGUCGCCAGACACGUCUUUUACCUCGCUGUUUGUUGGUCCAUCUACGCCGAUGUCCCUGUCGAGAUGCCUUACGGCUGCUACAACGCCGUCACUGGUGCCAAAACUUCCGAGGAUGGCGGCAACGAGGUCCUCUCGAAUGUGCUGCACGCUUAUACUAGCGGCAAUGGCGAUGUUUGCUUCAACGAAAAGAUCCACUACGGCUUCCUGGGUCUGCUGCUCGCUCUCCAGGUCAUCACAAUCAUCUGGUUCGGCAUGAUCUGCCGCGUCGCAUACCGUGUGAUUUGUGGUAAGGGAGCUGAUGAUACUCGUUCUGAUGACGAAGAAGAAGAGGAAGAGGAGGAAGAUACCCUGGAUACUGUGAGAGAUUUCUCAACAAAGGAGCCUGAACUGCGAUUGGCACCUCAGGAGGAAGAAGUUGGUGUCGAGAGUCUACGCUUCACACGCCGACCCAGUCCAGCGGCCAAGCGAACCUCUGAGAAGAGUCGUGCCAGUGGUAUCAGCAUCCCUGGCAACCACAAGGAUCUGCUAGGUCGUAUUGGCUGUGAUAAGCCAGCUGGCGGGUCAUGA